CCCCGCCGGAGCAAGAUCGUCUAAUGUUGCAUUUUUGCCAUCCAGGAACAUGCAUCCCACUUCGGAAAUCAACCUCGGCCAACUCGUGCACAUCUAAGAGGCGGAAUCCUCUCAACUCCUCCCAAACCUUCCCCACGGUGGCUGAUACCGCCCUGCGGCCACGGCUCCAUCCGUUCCACCCUGCCCCUCUGUUGCACGAGACAGCCACGUCGUGGUCCUACUUAGGGACCCCUCUGUCCGCCUGUCGAUUCGGGUCGGGGCUGUUGCCUCCCGACUUGUUCAACCUCUUCUGUUGUCGAAAAUGACCCCUCCCACAUUUAUGGGCCUUUCGGGCAGGCCCCUCUCGCUAGUGAUCUCAACUGUGUCGACAACGGCGUUCCUUCUCUUCGGAUAUGACCAAGGUGUGAUGUCCGGCAUUAUCACCGCUCCCGCGUUCAACAAUGUCUUCACGGCAACCAAGGACGAUUCCACGAUGCAGGGGCUUGUGACCGCCAUCUAUGAGCUUGGUUGUCUUGCAGGCGCGAUGUUCAUCCUCGGCGUCGGUGAUAUACUCGGCCGACGUCGAGCAAUCAUCCUGGGUGCCGUCACCAUGUUCUUCGGAGUCAUCAUCCAGAUCACGGCGUUCCCCGGAAAAAACCCUCUCGCGCAAUUCAUUUGCGGAAGAGUUGUAAUGGGGGUCGGUAACGGCAUCAACACGUCCACUGUUCCCACUUACCAAGCCGAGUGUAGCAAGACGAGCAACAGAGGUCUACUUAUCUGCAUCGAAGGCGGCACCAUCGCCUUCGGCACCUUGAUCGCCUACUGGCUGGAAUACGGGGCGUCAUUCGGGCCAGACGACCUCGUGUGGCGGUUUCCAAUUGCCUUCCAGAUCGUUUUUGCAUUGUUCAUCACCAUUCCGAUGCUCUUCCUCCCCGAGUCUCCGAGGUGGCUGCUGAGCCACCAGCGUGUGGAAGAUGCCGACCGGGUCAUCGCGGCCAUCCGCGGAUACGAGGUCGGGAGCGAGGACACAGUGCUGGAACGCAAUGUCAUCAUCGACUCGCUGCGCGCCGCCGGUGGAUACGGUCAGAAGAGCACGCCGCUCAAGACGCUCUUCACCGGCGGCAAGACGCAGCAUCUCCGGCGUAUGCUGCUCGGGGCCAGCUCGCAAUUUAUGCAGCAGAUUGGUGGCUGCAACGCCGUCAUCUACUACUUUCCAAUUCUGUUCCAGCAGUCAAUUCACCAGACCCACAACGUAUCUCUCCUUCUGGGCGGCGUGAACAUGAUCGUCUACGCCAUCUUCGCGACGACUUCCUGGUUUGUCAUCGAGCGCGUCGGCCGCCGGCGCCUCUUCUUGAUCGGCACGGUCGGCCAGUGCCUCAGCAUGGUCCUGACCUUCGCCUGCCUGAUCCCGAACAGGCCCAUGCCGGCCCGCGGCGCCGCCGUCGGGCUCUUCACCUACAUCGCCUUCUUCGGCGCCACGUGGCUGCCGCUGCCGUGGCUCUACCCGGCCGAGGUCAACCCGGUCAAGACGCGCGGCAAGGCCAACGCGGUCAGCACGUGCGUCAACUGGCUCUUCAACUUCCUCGUCGUCAUGGUCACGCCCAUCAUGGUUACUAACAUUAGAUGGGGGACCUACCUCUUCUUCGCCGCCAUCAACGCCUGCUUCAUCCCCGUCAUCUACUUCUUCUACCCCGAGACGGCCCGCCGCUCGCUCGAGGAGAUCGACAUCAUCUUCGCCAAGGGCCACGUCGAGAACAUGUCGUACGUGAAGGCCUCCAAGGAGCUGCCGCACCUCCAGCCGGCCGAGAUCGAGGAGUAUGCGAUGCACUAUGGCCUCGUUGACGUCGCUGCCGGGGUCGGCGUUGACGUCGCUGCCGGAGUCGGCGGCGGCCGGGACGCGCGCGACGAGGAGGAGAAGGCCGGCGUCAGCAGCGGCUCGUCGAACCGCAGCAAUGCGGUGAUUGUCAACGAGCGCGUCGUCGAGGCCGGCUUGGGAGAUGGGCUGAACAUGUCUUCGGAUCGCGACUAAUCACCGGGUUGGCGGUUUGGUGGCCCUGGAAGAGAUGGCCUGGAUAGGCUUCAGGGGCUGGCGGCUUCAGUGGGGAAGUUGUCGAUUCGGGGUUCCCGUUGCAGUGCGACGCUAGAAGGGAUACGGGCGGUCUUGUGCAUAUCGGUGCAUCAUCAUCAUGGUAGAGCAGGAUGCCCCCGAGAUGGCUGAUUUUCAUAGAGGUGACAUAGACGGUUGGAAAACAAAGACGCGGGUUUUGAUGUCUUUCAGCACUAUCUUUAACAACUUCCGGCAAAUGACAUCUUCUUGCUCAUCCAUCCGAGCUCUCGAAGU